CUCGCUGCCCCGCUGCUCUCGCCUGCUUGCCACCCCCGCCACCCCCGCCGUCGCGCAGCUGUGGUACGGCCCGGGCUGUGGUACGGCCCGGGCUGCGAGGCCGCGAGGCUGCGAAGCCCAGAGGCUCGGCGCGCACCGCAGAGUGGGCGGGCAGCGGCGGGGGAGAAGCUCGGAUACCAUCAGCAAAAUGCCGGACGUAGAGGGGAGCGUGCCGCCGAAGGACCACGGCGAGGCAGAGAGCGGGCCCUGCAAACCGGAAACGUCAGCACCGACCCAGGAGGACAAGAGCGGCCCCAUGGACCCCGCUCCCUGUCUGACAGAGCCCGUCAAUGAAGCUUCCACGCUGAGCAACGAAACUGAGAUGCGUCCGGAUCUCCACAUGGACGAGAAGAUUGUACCUCCGAGCAGGUCUUCAAAAGAGGAAGCAAAAGAUACAGCUCUUUCAAGACUCAGAUCAUUCUCAAAGUCAGGCAAAAAGAAAGAAGAGUUUAGACAACGCAACAUUCGUGUGGAAGGCAAGGUCAAGGAGACAAUGCACAAUGCCUUUUGGGACCAUCUUAAAGAACAGCUGUCAGCCUCUCCCCCUGAUUUCAGUUGUGCUCUUGAACUUCUGAAAGAAAUUAAAGAGAUCUUGCUGUCUCUACUCUUACCACGCCAGAACCGCCUGAGAAGUGAGAUCGAAGAAGCUCUGGAUAUGGACUUCCUCAAGCAGGAAGCAGAACAUGGGGGCCUGGAUGUCCCUUAUCUUUCCAAGUACAUUCUCAACAUGAUGACUUUGCUGUGUGCACCAGUUCGAGAUGAAGAAGUGCAGAAACUAGAGAACAUUGCAGAUCCUGUUCGGUUACUGAGAGGGAUCUUCCAGGUUCUGGGCCUGAUGAAAAUGGACAUGGUGAACUACACUAUCCAGAGCCUUCAGCCCCGCCUACAGGAGCAUUCCAUUCAGUAUGAGCGGGCUAAAUUCCAGGAACUCCUCAACAAACAGCCUGGCCUCCUGGAUCACACCACCAAAUGGCUGACCCAAGCGGCAGCAGACCUCACCACACCCCCUCCCUCUUGCCCUGACACCCCUGACGCCUCCGGUGUGGCUGGCACCUCUUCACGUGAAGCAAUCAACAGCCCAGAGCCCGUCAGCCCUGCGAUGGUGCUGUCCCAGGGCUUCCUGAACCUCCUCCUCUGGGACCCUGAAAAUGAGGAGUUCCCCGAGACCCUGCUGACGGACAGAACUCGGCUGCAGGAGCUGGAGUCCCAGUUGCACCAGUUAACCAUCCUGGCCUCCGUCUUGCUGGUGGCCAGUAGUUUCUCUGGCAGCGUUUUGUUUGGCUCCCCCCAGUUUGUGGAUAAACUGAAACGCAUAACCAAAUCCCUGAUGGAGGAAUUUAACUCCAGGCCUGAGGAGGCUAUGCUGACUGUGAGUGAGCAGGUGUCUCAGGAAAUCCAUCAAAGCCUCAAGAAUAUGGGCCUUGUUGCCCUGAGCAAUGACAACACAGCAUCUCUGAUAGGACAGCUCCAGAACAUUGCCAAGAAGGAGAACUGUGUCCGCAGUGUCAUUGAUCAGCGGAUCCAUUUGUUUCUCAAAUGCUGCUUGGUUCUCGGUGUGCAGCGGUCUCUGUUAGACCUUCCAGGAGGCCUCACUCUCAUUGAGACAGAGCUGGCGGAAUUAGGCCAAAAGUUUGUCAGCCUGACACAUCACAAUCAGCAGGUGUUUGGCCCCUACUACACUGAGAUCCUGCAAUCCCUCAUAUCCCCAGCCCAGGCACUGGAAACAAAAGUGGAGUCUCCCUGAUAGCACCAGUCCAGAGACCUUGCACGUUGGACCCAGAAGAGGGACCCACCGUCUUCCUGGGACAACAUCGCCAGUGACGCGCAGAGCAGAGAGCCUCUCCCCGCCCCCGCAGCCAGUACAGCAGGGCUGUAGGGAUCAAGCAUGUAGAUACCAGCUGGCCCAAACCCAUUCACCAAUAAACGUGUGAACUGCAAGAAAA